AUGCCUGCGGAAAAUGAAAAGGCUGCAGACACUACGUCCAUUGAUCUCGGAGAUCAAGCCACUCCCGCCACACUACGGUCGAACCCUACCUCCCAAUCUCUUGUCGACCAAGUCAGCCUCUUCAUUGCGCAUGCAGAUAGGAUAACCUUGCUCUCAGUUGCCACCGGAUUGGUUGCCGUCCUGUAUGUGCUAUUCGGCAGGCUUGCGCUUCUCCUUCUUGGUGGUAUUGGCGGAGUCAUCUUGCAUAUCUGGUGGGAGGGAUAUGAAGGUGGAGAAGACGGAGAUAAUGGAGCGGCAGCAAGGCGCAAACGGAAUGAACUUAGCUUGGAAUUAGCUAAUAGAUUGACUGCACUGUACGCAGACAACGGUUCCAAACCUGAUGAGGAUGAGGACGAUCUAUAUAAGUCAGGAGAACCUGUUCUGGAUUAUUCCAAAUUGGGCCCGGCAACGGCGGCCGCAUUGACUGCUCUAACUGAUUCUGUUGUUGCAGACUAUGUAAGCUGGUGGUAUAAACCUAUUUUACCUUCUGAGGCUGAGUUUCCCCAAGCCUGUCGCGACACAUUCGUUAGAAUGGUCUUAGCCGUAUCAUCCCGUAUAUCUCGCAAGCGGCCUGCCGACAUUUUUCUCCAGUUUGCGACCAAUUCAACAUCGUUUAUGAUUGUAUUUUUCAGCGAGCUUUCUGCUGCUGUUGGAACAACGACGGGCGGGUCCAGCCCUGUGGCAGACUCCAUAGAUGGAUAUUUGAAGAAAAACCCAGAGAGCAGCCUAGCCAACGUUUUAUCACUUAACCAGCAGGAGAAGAAACUUGGUCACGUUGGGACCGACAUCCUUAAAACCUUCCUUGAGCCUUCAACUUACAAUUGUGUUCCUCUCCGCAUUUUUCUACGUGAGGUUAUGUCUCGUCUAAUAUUAAAACCUACAAUAGACAUGUGCUCUGACGCAGAGUAUAUUAAUACCUGGAUCGUCCAUUUACUCGAGGAAGGGGAGCCGCAACUGUUGAACGCAAUUGAUGCUGGGCUUGAGCAGGCAGAUGAUAUCAAGCAGAAAAACCCAACUAGCACAGCCACUCCGACCUCCAACUUACCUGACGAAAAGGCCUCUGAUACUUUGUCAGGCUUGAGAGAUCAUAAGCCAGCUGAACGAAAGCAUGUGGACCAAAUGCAAUCCGCAAGCCAGUCCCCUGAUCACGAACUUGCACAGAAUGAGGCCGUUGGUGUUGUAUUAGGGUCAGAAGAAGCAUUCGAAUCACCGCAUUCUGACCAGAAAACUGAGCAUCCUACCGUAUAUACGCAUAUACACACCGACUCUUCUUCCUCGAAUACCACGGAUCCUCAGCCUACCCCUCGCUCAAGCAGCAGCCUCAAUGAAAAUCUUCUCAACGAACCCCCCAUUGACAGCCAAGUGACGCCAAUCCCAGAUAGCACUACCACCUCGUCAGGUACAACAAAAUCUCCUCAACUCCGCGGCUCCUCAGUUUCUAUAAUUGAAGACUUCGGCGAAGAUGACAAAAGUAACAUACGCUCAAAACCAACAAACGAGUAUUUGAUACAAAUUGAGCCUAACAACUCUAAGCUCACUGGAUGGAUGAUUGCCAGGAAAUAUAGUGACUUUGAAAUACUGCAUGAAACUCUGCGGCGAAUUUCCGUUGUAUCAGGAAUUUCUGAUUUCUCAUUACACCAUCAUGAGUUACCAGGGUGGAGAGGCCGGAAUAAGAGCAGCCUUCGUAUCUCUCUUGAGAAAUACUUACAGACUGCUCUACAGUACGAGCAGCUAGCAGACUGCGAGGGAAUGAAGAAGUUUCUGGAAAAAGGGCGUCAAUCGGGCCUCGAAACAGACUCUGCAUCUUCAAAGCCUGGAUUUCAUUUUGCAGCGCCUGCUGCCGUGCUUGAGAAUAUGGGAAAAGGCGUAAUGGGCGUUCUAGGUACUGCGCCAAAGGGAGUCGCAAAUAGCAAGAAGGCCAUUGUCGAUGGAGUUUCGGGGAUAUUUGGGGCGCCAGGAAACGAUAGCAGGAAGCGAGUCAACAGUACUGCAGCAAGCAGACCGUCGAACGUACGAGGUACCUCUAUUGAUAUCCAGCCAUCACCUAUGAACAAUUUUACGGCCCACUCUAAGAAUUUGUCCAUGAGUAACCUGCAGGAUACGCCGCGGGCGCCGUUCCAACGGUAUCCAACCCAACCGGAGUACGAAUCAGAGGAUACCAAUGUUGAAUUGACUAUUUCGACUUCCCAACCGGGUAGCUCAUUGGCUAGCUCGCGUGAGAAUUUAGCAGAUGGAGUCAAUAUUACACCACAGUCAUCAGAUAGCCCAGAUACUCUACAUGCAGCUCUUCCCCUAGAAGCAAAUGAAAAGAAAGACGAUCAGACGCCGCAACCUACGAGGCCAGACAUCACAGAGCCACCGCCAAAGAAGAGCUCCGAGAACCGCACAUAUCCUCCGCUUUCUGAAGAAGAAUCAGUCGUUGUGGUAGAGCUACUUUUUGCCGUGAUUAACGAGGUCUACAGUCUCUCGUCGGCAUGGAAUAUUCGGAAAAAACUGCUAAAUGCGUCUAAAUCCUUCCUUUUACGCCCAGGGAACCCUAGUUUGGAAGCUAUUCGGACUCUGCUCCAGGACUCAAUAAUUGACGCUAAUACAUCUGAUGAGGCACUUGCUAGAUACAUAGCCAAGUUACACAAAAGCAGCAUGCCGGCUGAAGAAGAUUUGAAGGCGUACCCUCCUCCUCUUUCGUUGGAGCAAAAAGAGCAACUUAGGGUCAAGGCGCGUGCGCUACUGGUUAGUAGAGGUAUGCCACCCGCUUUGAUGGGUAUUAUGGGCGCAAAUGCAACUGGGGAGGCGCUUGGUAAAAUCUUCGAUUGCUUACAGAUACCCUCGGUUGGAAGAGCUUUCGUUUUCGCCAUCCUUCUACAAGCAAUUAGGGUUAUGACACAAUGA